AUGGAAGGUUUAGAAAUCAGGUAUGACUGUAACAACUUUUUCUUUUCACUGAAUUACAACCUUAUACACUCAUGGAUUCAGGGUUUUACAAACAAGAAAAUUGACUUUGUGGAUAAUACAACAGUAUGCUACAUUUUAGGGAACCAUAUAUGUUUCCUGAACCUUGACACUAAAAUGCAAAGUGUUUUUCGGAGUCCUGUCCGAGACCUUGGAAUACUGACAGCUAAUGGCAACAGUGGGAUUUUUGCCUUCUCUGAGCAAAAACUAUCCCCAUCUAUUUUUGUGUACAGCUUCCCAGAGCUUGUGCCAAAGAAUGUAUUGAAAGGAUCAGCACAACUAGACUACACUUCUCUGGCAUUAAGUGGAAGUGGUCCUUAUCUGGUUUGUUGCUCUUCUCUACCUGACUACACCAUCACAGUGUGGAACUGGGAAAAUGCAGAGCCAAUUUGUUCACAACCAAAUGUUGGAAAGGAUGUCAUUUCCCUGGUGUUCAACCCUUUGAAUUGGCUCCAGCUUUGUGCUGUAGGCCAAAACACUCUCACUCUAUGGCAUAUUGACAAGAGUGCCAGCUUUCAUAUUCUGAAACCAAGAGCAAUACAGCUUCCGACAACUGAUGCUUCCUCUGUUGAAAGAUGUCCAUCCACUCUUCACAAUCUCAGCACCAAGCUGCCAUAUGAUUUACCAGAAGUGGACUCUUUAGGGCUGAGAAGCAGCAUGGCUCUUGGCGUUGUGGAGACCUCAGUCUCCACCAGAACCACAGUGACUCCCUCCGCCAUCUGUUGGACAGCCACAUCAGAGCUCUAUGUGGGCUGUGCAGAGGGCUUCCUGCUCCUCAUUGACCCAGAGAGUCUCUCUGUCUCUGCCCUUUUUAACCCAACAACUGACGAUGCCAUCCCGGAACUCAGACAGUGCAACUUUCAAGCUUUGACACUUCAUCGCGAUGGUCUCAUCGUAGCUGGAAAGGAGAAUGUGGUGCACACUUUGGAGAUCAAAGGGAAUCAGCUCAACAUCACACAAACCUGGCAGACAGAAAGGCCCGUCACAGCUGUGAUGCUGUCCCCUGACAAAGAGACAUUAUUUCUAUCUUCCAGCACAGGACAAAUCUAUUUACUCAACCCAACUCUGUCAGGGAGGAUUGAAAAGAUCCUAGAUGUCCAAUCCGGCAACUUUUUGAUGACGGCUCUGUUGAACACUGACAGAAAUAUUUGCGUGUCAAUAAGAGACUCAGGAAAAUUACAGCUGUGGUCAUCAGAUGGCAACUGUCUUGGGUCCUUGUCUCUUCAAACUGAGGUGACAAGCCUGGCCUGCUGUCCUAUUGCACAUUAUGCAGCCGUUGGAACUGCCUCAGGAAGUGUCUACUUUAUUGACCUGAACAAGGAGGAGCAGCCUCGAAUGGUGCACCAAGUUCAUCUCUACCACACUGCGGGGCACUUCCUUCUCACCAGUGGCUCAGAUUCCCAUGUGUAUGUACUGAACGCUAAGCCAUCUAUGAAGUUUGCAGUCAUAGGAUACACAGUUGUUCCAGGACACAUUUUGUCGAUUUCAACUCAGUGUCCCAGAGGCCAGAAUGAGGUGAAAGUCCUUCUAUUGCAUGGUGAACAUGAAAACAAGAAUAAGGAUGGAAACCAGCUGACACUGCUCUCUCUGCCUGUCAAAAACCUUACAGGUCCAGAUUCUGCAGACCGUCAUGGCUGUCUGUCUGCUCACGUCUUCAAAAAGUUACAAUACAAAGUGCCUCUUCCACUCAACUCCUGUGUUCUUGGAGGCAGUGACAUGUUUGCGUACUGCCACAGGAAAAACACUCUUCAGCGAUUUCAUCUGCCUGAGGAUACAGACAGUGACUCCAGUCAACAGUUACUCCAGUUAACACCAGAGCAGGAAGUGAAAGGUCACCCUCUGGGCCCUGUCUCUCUUCUUCUGUCUCCUAACCGCUUGUGGUUGGCCUCCAUAGGCCAAGACGGCUUACUGCGCAUUAGAAAAACUGCUUCUAUGGAGCAGUACACUGAGCUGCAGUGUCACUCGUGCCGUCGGGGUGGAGUUCGGAGUUUGUCCUUCUCUGCAGAUGAUCACAGGCUUCUUACUACUGGCUGCAGAGACGUCUCUCUGGUGUGCAGCGAGCUUAGAAUUAAAGGAGUGGAUUCUGGAAAGAUGAAAGAAGCUGCCGAGUAUAGUCGAACAAUGACUCAGUCCGUGAAGAAAACGUUCAACACUGAAAACCCCCUCCUCAUUGAUUUGCCUGGUGGGGGUCCAUGUGUGGAUGUGACGGAGCAGGAUGAGAAUUACAGCAGCCUGCUCUGUCCAGUGUCACAAUCAACAUGGCUGGAAUGGAGGCAAGAAGCGGUUGUAAAAGAAGACAGCCAGCAAUACUCUGAAACAAAGAAAAACAUGAAAGGAGCCAUCAGAGAGUUACGUGAUGCUGUCCAGCAGAUGCUCCGUGAAAAUGAGAGCCUUCCAGAGGAAGACUUCAACUUGGACGUGGAGGAGCAGAGGAGAUUUGAGGCCAUGGUGGAGCAGGAAGUCGCGAGGGUGAGAGCUGAAAUUCAACACAACAUUGUGGAGAAAUGCUACCUCCACUAUGUCCUGAAGAGAGAUUGCUGGGAUUCUAUUAUGGUCAAAGGCAGAGCCAUCAAGGCCUUUAACUCUAAAGUGGUAGUGCAGAACUACCCUCUGAAAGAACGAACAGAGAAAGAACUGGAGGACCUCCAAAGGGUUCAGAAUAUGAGGAAUUUUGAAAAGGCUGCCUAUACCCUGAGCAGCCAAAAGAAAAGCUCCAGCUUACAAGACGAAGAGCAGGACAUGGAGGGCCAUGAGGCAGAGAAUACUGCUCUGUCAGGAAGCUUCUCAGCUCAGUUAGGAUAUUCAAAUCCUUAUGUAUAUGAUCAGUUCAUUCUUCAAACUACAGAACAGAGGAUCAACCAGAUAAUUCUGCUACAGGAUGUGAUUUUUUCCAUCAAGACGGCUUUCAACAGAGAAUUUGAAGCCCUGCACAGGUUGAAGGUGCAGGAGCUCAAACGCAUCAGGGACAGGAACAUGCACAUCAGGAAGAUCAUGACGGAGCUGGACCUGAAUCAGGAGCUGUGGGAACCCAGCCUGACCGACGAGGAGUGGCCAGAGAGGCUCCUCACUGUGGACAACUCAGAGAUCACAGCAGAGAGGUACCUCACCCCGGAGCAGCAAAAGGAGGAGGAAAGGAGGAAAUUGGAGGACCUGAGUCGCCUUGCUUCUCAAGGUGAUAACAGCAGAGAAAGGGGUUUGGAUGACAUGAUGGACGGAGAGCUUGAAGUGAAAAAAGUGGAGAUCUUGAAAAUGGAAAUCCCUCUGCCUGAGUUUGUUUUGAGCAAACCUAACAUUCACUGGAGUGAAGAGGAGAAAAAAGUCUUCAAAGAAUAUGAAAAGAAAACCAAAGAUCUCAGUGAGGAGAAGGAGCUAUACAAAAGGUCACUGGAAUCGGAAAUGAAGAAACUGCUGGAAUCCACCAAAGAUGCAACCGAAAGAUUUGAUGAGAGAGUGACAUUGCUGCUGGAGAAAAAAGUUAAAUGUACAGUGGCUAUAUACCAGGAAGAGCUCAAGAUUGCUUAUCUGGUUGAUUCUGUGUUCACAGAAGAGGAGAUGAGAAAUCAGGAGCUGGAGCUCAGGCUUAAACUUGAAAAGAUGUUGGUGUGCAAGGAUGAAACUGGGGCGGAGAUGAAGAGACACAAAGGCCAGGUGGAGUUCUUUCAUGAGGAGUAUGACAACGCUGUUGCUGAGGACAAAGUUCUUGACAAAGACUUCAGGAAGGAGUUUUUUGAUAUACCAAACCACAUGAUUGAUAACCUCUACAAGUUGUUCAAACGGAGACCCAGGGGUGAAAAGAUUAGGACCCUGACCAGCAACACGUCCAGCUUGUCAAAAGAGCACCGUGUGGGCAGCUCCACAGCCCCUGCUGCACUCAGCCAAAUGCUCAAAGCCAUGGAGGAGCUGGACGCUCCAGAGAACAUGCCAGAGAUGUUGAACCCAUCCGUCUGGGAGAGAUUUUGCAUUGUGCGCAGAAAUAAAGUACAGAGCGAAUAUAAGGUAAAAAUAAAAGCUUUGAUUCUUGCUGAGAUGCAAGCAUUCCUGCAGAGAAGGAGAGACGAAGAAAAUGCUGUCCAGCAAGAAAUCAAAAACCUCUCUGAAGAUCUUCAAAGUCUGCAUAAGAAGAGGAACCAUCACCUGACAAACACCAUGGUCCAGGUCAUACUCAAACAGGGACAGGUGGAGGUGCCCACUGUGGACCUGGUAGCUGACACGGCAGAAACUGACUUCAUCCUCUACCACAGGAGUGUGGUGGACAGCCUCAGAGGCAUCAUCAGGAAUCUUGCAGGAGAUAUGGUGGCCUCAAUGGAGGGAUACAAAGAAAUCCGUAAGAGCAUUAUCCAGCUGGAGUGGGAGCACAGAGUGAUAAUAAUGAAGAUAGAGGACCUCCACGAAAAGAUGAGGGGCAUCAAGAUGCUACGACUCUCAGAGGAUCAACAGCAUAUGACAUAUCGCAGCAAGACGGAUGCGAGCAGUUGUAUGUCAGAGAAGGUUGCCCUUCUGGAGAAGAGUAUAGCUCUGAUGAAAAAGGCACACCAAAGGGGCGUGCAGCAGCGCCAGAAAAAGAUCGAACGGAUUAAGAAACAGGCGGCAAAAAAGGCUGAGAAGAACGCCAUUUUAGAGCGGCAGCUCCCUGAUAUGCAGAUGACUGUGGCAGAGCUGAGACACAUCUUUGCAGCAGCAGCUACUGACGAAAAUGAGGCGGCUAAAAGAGAAGAGCGCUUCCAGGAGAUUGUUCAGAAGAAGACUUUGGAGGACCUUGCCAGAGAACAGUCGGACAACUUAGAUGUCCUCUGGGCAGAAAUUGAGCAUCUGACAAUGAGGAACUUUCCCUCACUGGAUCAGAUGAAACACGACUGA